AUGCCAAUGGCGAGAGAGCCUGGCCAGGUCAAGGAAACCCCAAAGCUCUGCAGGCGCCUCCCCAGUGCACAGUCUGCUGUUUGGCGGCUAAUGACAGCUGCCUGUCCCCACCCAGGCCCACCCUGCAUCACCUGGAAAGUGAGUCUUAAAGCUGCUGGACAGCGGGAUGCAGGGUUUCCACCGCAUUUCUAUUUCCUGCUCCAUCUCCUUGUGGGAAUGCGUGGAAAUUUUGCUCUGGAAAUUCGGGGGUCACCUACAACCUCCCCUCUGCCACCUCCUCGCGGCUCUGGCUCCCAGGCAGAUCCCUCUUGCAGCCAGGGCCGCCUCUCUCCCGCCCUUCCCAGGGCUCCCGCCGCGCUCCUGGGCUUCAGGGACCUGCAGGGAACUCAUGCUGACUCAGGAGCCAGGGUGCGACCAGGCACCCGCACCAAGUUCACGGGGCCUCGGGAACUUGCGCCCCGGGUGAGGCGCCUAGGAUGGCGCCUGGCGCUUCCUGAGGCGCAGGCCCGACCUCCAGGCUAUGAGGAAGUGACACUGGGGCCUCACAGCAGAUCAUUUUUGCCAGCUUUGGAAAUGCCCAGCUCAUCUUGCAGACUGACAAUGCAAGACUGGCUGAUGAGGCCUUCAGAAUGAA